UGAUUUGUUGUUGUCAAAUAAAUUUGCUUUCUAUAGUAAAGUUUUUUGUCCCCGUUGCUUUCACAUAUAAAAAUAUUACAUCUUUGAAUUGAAAUACAAUAAUUAAAAAUGAGUAAGGCAAAUGGAGCUACUCCCCCACAAUAUACAUAUGUUCCGCCACCAUCUGCGCCACCUUCUUAUCAGGAAGCCGUGGGAGGAGUUAAACCAGUUGGUCCUUUUACACCAAUCACUCCCCCAACAGCACCGUCAGUUAACAACACUAUUGUAACUACAGUGGUACCUAUUGGCCGAACUGCUACGCAUAUGAUCUGCCCUUCUUGUCAUGUCGAAAUUGAGACUACAACGCGUACGGAGCCUGGUAUGAUUGCAUACUUAUCUGGUUUUAUAAUAGCUUUACUUGGCUGUUGGCUUGGUUGUUGCCUUAUACCAUGCUGUAUUGAUGAUUGUAUGGACGUACAUCACACAUGCCCCAAUUGCAAAGCAUACCUUGGGCGCCACCGACGAUAAAAAUGAUUCAAGUAAAAUAUUUAACAGCAAAGAGUCUUUCAAAGCAACUAAAAAUCACCUUUCAGUUUAGUGUAAACAAUGAUAUAUGUUUACCUGUUGUACAAUAACUAUGAAAAUAUUCAUAAACGAAUGGAUUUAUCCAUUAGUACAUUUUUUCAAAAUAGUUUUUAUAUAUAAAACUGGAACGAAUUGCAAUUGCAUAAAUAUGUUAUAUUCUAUAAUGUAUAUUUCUUAUAUCGUACUGUUAUGUUUUAAUACUAAUGCUUUUCUAGGAUCUCGGUCCUAAUAGCGGUAUAUUUUAAAUGCUGAAAUUUUCAAAAGAAAGCUGUUCCAAAAGUACGAGAGUUUAUGGGUAUGAAUCGAAUAUACAUACAUACAUGCAUAGUACAUGCAUAUAAUAAUCGCUCAAGAUGAAUAUUUACAUUUUAUUUUAAAACAACACUAAGUAAUUGCUUUUAUAAGAUAUUUAAGUAUAAUUUUAUAUCUCUUUGUUUUAAACGCUUGCAGCAAAAUUCCUGAAUAGAAGAGUUUCGCUUACAAAUCGACAGUUGUUUCUAUAUAUUUGUGUGCCUUAAAAUAUAUCAAAUAAAGUAGCCUAUAUACAUAAAUACAUUUGUACAUUGUACGAAUUUUAAAUCAACCCCAGAACUACAGACGUUUCAAUAUAUUUACACAUAUUUACAUA